CCUAUACAAAAUAUAUACACAUCUAUAUGGUUCUAAAUUCACGCAUUCAUACGCGCCUUAUUCUCCAAUCAAAAUGUUCAUCAAUUUAACCUAAAAAAUUCAUUCAAACCUGCAACGAACCAGCUGAAAGCAAAGAGAGAAAAGAAUCAAAAAAUCAAGAAACCUUCCAAAAUCAAAAUCUUUGUAAAGUCCGUAAUUUAUAUAUAUGUAUAUUUUGUGUAUGUAUAUCUGUUCUACUAUCUCUCUCUAAUUACUGUUGUGUGUGCUUCAUGGGAAGAACCAGAGGUACAAAAUCCAAGAUAAUAUCGGAUUUUUUUCAAGCAGGAUGAAUUACGUAAGAGACCCAACAAAAAUUUUGGUGCAAUUCUCCAGAUGGAUCUCGGAUCUUGACCGGAGACUACUGCUUUUAAUCCUUUUACCCAUUUCACUUUUUCUGUAUGUUUCUCUCUCACCAAUAAGCACCACCACCACCACUGUGAUCGUCUCGUUUUCCAAUUUGGCCCCUUUCAAAUCCGUAUUCAACAGCUACGCACCCAUCGGCCAUCACCAUGAUGCACAGAAUGAGACCCAGCCCGUGAAUGUGCAGAAAGGGCCGAGAAUUGCGGUUUGUUUAGUGGGAGGAGCCCGGCGAUUCGAGCUCACCGGGCCGUCCAUUGUGGAGAGGAUUCUCAAAGUGUAUAAUAAUUCUGAUCUCUUUCUUCACAGCCCGUUGGAUGCGAAUACCUACAAGUUUAGGCUUCUGAAGAAAGCGCCCAGAAUCGCCGCCGUGAAAAUCUUUCAGCCGCAACCAAUUCCGGAGACUGAGUCACAGCUCCGAGUCCUCACUUCUCAGAACUCGCCAAAUGGCAUUCAGGGCCUGUUGCAAUAUUUCAAUCUGGUAGAAGGAUGCCUAACAUUGAUCAAAUCUUACCAAGAAAAGAACAACUUUACUUAUGACUGGAUUAUCCGCACACGAGUCGAUGGCUACUGGUCCAAACCAUUGGCACCAGAUAACUUCGUCCCUGGUCAGUACUUAGUUCCACCAGGCUCCUCUUACGGUGGCCUAAAUGACCGUUUUGGUGUUGGUGAUGUUAACAGCUCGAUUGUUGCACUUUCAAGACUUUCACUAGUUUCCGAACUUGAUGCAGCCGGGUUCAUCCAACUUAACUCGGAAACUGCGUUCAAGGCCCAACUCACCACUCGAAAGGUACCUUAUGUUACCAAAUCCCUCCCAUUUUGUAUAGUAACGGAUCGUCAAUAUGAGUUUCCCCCCGCCCGUUUUGGUGUCCCCGUGGCAGCGUUGUCGAGCCCCGGCCCAUUAAAUGGAGCUAAAUGUAGGCCUUGUACGCCGGUGUGUACUGGAUCAUGUGUUGGGCCUAUAAUGAGUGGGCUUGACAAAGGGUGGAGCUGGACUGAAUGGGCCAACAACACAGUAGAGCUUUGUGAUGCCCAUGAUCAAUGGGAAAAUGGGUGGGAGAAAGUAUUUGACAAGGUAGCCGGGAAACAUCUAGCCGCCGAAAGGAAGGAAGUUUCUGCCCUCAAAAUCGAGCAGUGUGUCAAUGAUUUCGAGAAGUUGCGAAAGCGGACGCCCAGUUGGGAGUCUCCACCGGUGGCUGAGAUUUGCCGGCUCGGGUUGAAAUCUAGAUGAGGGAGCAAAAUGAGCAAUGUGAGAAUGGCUUUAACUUCACAGGGCAAAUUUUUUUCAAUUUUUUGAAUUCAUUAUAGAAAUUUUUUUCUUUAAAUAUAGCUACAGUAUUGCAUAAAUUUUUUUUAAUGACGUCAGUUUUUAUACAGAAAUGGCAGAUUUUUUA